AUGGGAAGUUACUACAUUAAUCGGACCUUCUUCUUUGAUGUCCACCCCCCUUUAGGGAAGAUGCUGAUUGGACUUGCUGGCUAUCUUAGUGGAUAUGAUGGUACAUUUCCUUUCCAAAAGCCAGGGGACAGAUAUGAGCAGCACAACUACGUGGGAAUGAGAGCGUUCUGUGCGUUCCUUGGCUCCUGCCUGGUUCCCUUCGCCUACCUCACAGUGUUGGAACUGUCAAAGUCACUGCCAGCAGCCUUACUCACAGCUUUCAUCCUUAUUUUUGAUACGGGCUGUAUUACUUUGUCGCAAUAUAUUCUGCUGGACCCCAUUCUGAUGUUCUUCCUUAUGGGAGCUGUUCUGAGUAUGGUGAAAUGUAACAGCUGUGCGGAUAGGCCAUUUUCGGCCUCCUGGUGGUUCUGGCUGAGUCUGACUGGCGUGAACCUUGCUGGAGCAAUGGGGGUAAAGUUUGUUGGUCUUUUUGUAGUCCUCUUGGUUGGCCUGAACACAAUUUAUGACCUAUGGGACUUGCUGGGGAACCUCAGCCUGUCACUGGUCAUGUUUGGGAAACAUUUACUGGCUCGUGUACUCUGCCUCAUCCUGCUCCCGCUUGCCCUCUACAUGGCUAUGUUUGCUGUUCAUUUUACAGUAUUAAAUAAAAGUGGUCCUGGGGAUGGUUUCUUCAGUUCAGCAUUUCAGUCCCAGCUGAUCGGGAACAAUCUUCAUAAUGUCUCCAUUCCAGAGCACUUGGCGUACGGGUCUGUGGUCACAAUGAAGAACCUUCGGAUGGCAGGGGGAUACCUUCACUCCCACUGGCACCUCUACCCGGAAGGCGUUGGGGCUCGCCAGCAGCAGGUCACUGCCUACUUACAUAAAGAUUUGAAUAACCUGUGGAUUAUAAAGAAACAUGAUUCAGAUACAGCAGAUCUGUCACACCCCUCGAGCCCUGUGGAGUUUGUGAGGCACGGAGAUAUUAUUCGUCUGGAACAUAAAGAAACUUCUAGAAAUCUUCACAGUCACCAGCAUGAGGCUCCCCUGACAAGGAAGCAUUUUCAGGUCACUGGCUAUGGAAUAAACGGCACAGGAGACUCCAAUGAUUUCUGGCGGAUUGAAGUGGUUGGCAGAAAGGCUGGGAAGCUCAUCAAAGUCCUGCGGAGUCAAGUCCGGCUAACCCAUGUGGCCACAGGGUGUAUAUUGGGCUCUUCUGGAAAGACUCUACCAAAAUGGGGUUGGGAACAAGUGGAAGUCACCUGCACACCAUACCUGAAGGAGAGUCCCAAUUCCCUCUGGAACUUUGAAGAUCACAUUAACCCAAAGUUGCCCAAUAUCAGCCUGGAUGUUUUGAAGCCGUCCUUUGCAGAAAUUCUGCUAGAAUCCCACAUGGUUAUGAUCCGGGGCAACAGUGGCCUCAAACCAAAGGAUAAUGAAGUUACAUCCAAACCUUGGCACUGGCCGAUAAACUACCAGGGCCUGCGUUUUUCUGGUGUCAAUGAGACUGAUUAUCGGGUUUACUUGCUGGGAAACCCGGUGAUUUGGUGGCUAAAUCUGGUCACUAUUGGGUUGUAUCUUUUGAUAGCAGUUUCCACUGCAGUGACCCUGAAGAGAGGUGUCCAACUGAGAUCUGAACUCAAAGAACUGUCCAGAGUCGUGCUACGUGGUGGAGGGCAGAUCACGCUGGGCUGGCUCCUUCAUUACCUCCCUUUUUUUAUGAUGGGACGAGUUCUCUACUUUCACCACUACUUUCCUGCCAUGCUUUUUUCCAGCAUGUUGACAGGAAUCACCUGGGACACAUUACUGAAGUUCUGCACUGGGUUCUUGUCACCCAGCACUACAGCUAGAAAAGUAUAUGGAGGGGGGUUCCUGGCACUGAUUCUGCUCAUCGUGUACAGCUUCUACCUCUUCCAUCCUCUGUCCUAUGGGAUGGUAGGACCCAUGGCCUCUGACCCUAGCAGCCCCAUGGCGGGCCUCCGGUGGAUGGACUCCUGGGAGUUCUAGAGCCAGCAAAGGGAGCCUGGGAACAGCGGCUGAGAAGCAUGAGAUCUGC